AUGGUGAGGCAAAUGGGCGGGGGGUGGGGUGGGACCAGGGGGCAGCUGGGGCGUGGAUCCGUGCCCCUCGUCCCCAUGCCACUGCCUCCUCUUUCUCCUCCUCCGGGUCCGGGACCUGGGGGAGGGAGGGUCUCCACCUUCUCUCUGGCCCCUGCCCCUCACACAAAAAGCACCCCUCCCUCAGCUCCUCCUUCAGCCCCGGGACCCCCCUACCCAGCGGUGCAGGCCCCAGGGGCUUCUCAGCCUCGCUAUAGUACCCUCCCCACUCCUGCUACCCCCGCCAUGCAGCCCCGGCCCGCGAUGAUGCCCAUCUCUGCUCCCCCUUCCUGGGGUUCGCACUCUGCACCUGCCCCACGCCGAUGCCCCCAGGACCCUCCUAGGCUGCGGAUAGGCCCUCUGAUCCCUGAGCAGGAUUAUGAGAGGGUGGAGGGCUGUGACCCUGAGGGGUCCCAAGAUUCAGCCCUCCAUGGGGAGGGGCAGCAGCCCCUGCUUCAUGUGCCUGACGGGCUCUGAGGCUCCUGGCACCACGUCCAGAAUCCGGACAGCUGCUUCACCAAGAUGUACAGCUACCACCAGAGGAGUGGCUUUGCCUGUAUCCUGCUGGAGGAUGUCUUCCAGCUGGGACGAUUCAUUUUCAUUGUCACCUUCACAACCUUCCUUCUUCGCUGCGUGGAUUACAGCGUUCUCUUUGCCAACCAACCAAAAAACCGAACAAGACCUGGGUCGCUCCACAGCAAAGUGACCUCGUCCGAUGCUAUCCUAGCCUCAUCCCAGAGUGCCCAGUGAAUCCUAUCUGAUCCGCUCCAGCUGGUCUUCCCGCUGAUCCUGGCGGCUGCCGUCUGGCUGUUCCAGCUGCUUUGCUCGGUCUGCAAACUCUUCAGCUACUGGGACAUCCAGGUGUUUUCCAGGGAGGCCCUGCACAUCCCCCCAGAGGAGCUCAGCUCGGUGCCCCGGGCCGAGGUGCAGUCCCGCCUCCUGGCGCUGUUGGGGAGCGGGGGGCUGUGCGUGCAGCCGAGGCCGCUGACGGAGCUGGACGCCCACCACCGCAUCCUGCGCUACACCAACUACCAGGCGGCGCUGGCCAACAAGGGCCGCCGCGCCGUGCCCUGGGGAGGCAGGGCGGCCUUCCUCAGCUGCGGCCUGGCCCCCAACGUCGAUCUGCUCCUCUUCCGCGGGCCCUUCGCGUUCUUCCGCGGCGGCUGGGAGCUGCCCGACGCCUACAAGCGCAGCGACCGACGGGCCGCCCUGGCCGCGCGCUGGCGGAGCACGGUGCUGCUGCUGGCGGCCGUGAACGUGGCGCUGAGCCCGCUGGUGCUGGCCUGGCAGGUGCUGCACGCCCUCUACAGCCGCGCGGAGCUGCUGCGGCGCGAGCCCGGCGCGCUGGGGACGCGCCGCAGGUCCCGCCUGGCCCGCCUGCAGCUGCGCCACUUCAACGAGCUGCCGCACGAGCUGCGCGCGCGCCUGGCCCGCGCCUCCCGCCCCGCCGCCGCCUUCCUGCGCGCCCCCGCGCCCCUGCUCGCGCUGCUGGCCCGCCAGCUCGUCUUCUUCGCCGGCGCGCUCUUCGCCGCGCUGCUCGUGCUCACAGUCUACGACGAGGAUGUGCUCUCCGUGGAGCACGUGCUCACUGCCAUGACCGCGCUCGGGAUCGUGGCCACGCCCUCUAGGUGUUUCAUUCCGGGUGCGCAGGGCCAAGGUCGUCUGCCGCAAAUCCUGCUGCCGGCGGCCUUGGCGCGCAUGCACUACCUCCCGGAGGAGACCGGCCCUGCCGGCAGGACCAACUCUUACCGGCAGAUGGCGCGGCUGCUGCAAUACCGAGCGGUCUCCCUCACAGAGGAGCUCCUGUCCCCUCUCCUCACCCCACUGUUUCUGCUCUCCUGGUUUCACCCUCGCGCCUUGGAGAGCAUUGACUUUUUUCGUCACUUCACUGUAGAUGUGGCCGGGGUUGGGGACAUCUGUUCCUUUGCCCUUAUGGAUGUGAAGCACCAUGGCCACCCUCAGUGGCUCUCAGAGGGACAGACAGAGGCCUCACUGUCUGAGCGGGCUGAGGACGGGAAGAUUGAGCUCUCACUGAUGUUCUCCCUGGUUCAUCCACAAUGGUGCCCCCCAAGCCACAGCUCCAAGUUCCUGGGGCACCUUCGAGGCUGGGUGCAACAAGAUGCAGCCGCCUGGGGCGCCAGCUCGGUUCGCAGCCCCCCCAGCCCUGGGGUCCUCAGCAACUCCUCCCCUCGGCCGGAGGCCUGCCUGGCCAACCUCUCGAUGCAGCCCCUCGUGCCACCCCAGGACCUGAUCCCUGUAGUCCCCUGCCCAGCUGCAGCCAUGGCCAGCCUCCUGGCCUCCAUUUCCCGAAUGACCCAGGACUCAAGCUGUGUGUCCCCAGGAGGCACUGGGGGCCAGAAGCUGGCCCAGCUCCCAGAGCUUUGCGUGCUGAGUCUCCACGCCGUUUACCUGCACCAGGGAGCCCCUCAUUCUUCCCCUCUCCAUCGGCAGCAGCAGCAGGAACUGUGGGGCGAGGCUUCAGCCUUCUCCCUGUCCAGGCCCUGGGCCAGCCCGCCACAGACACUCUCGUCGGAUGGGGAGAAGCCAUCCUGGUCCAGUGAUGGCUCCAGUCCUGCUUCCAGCCCCAGACAGCAGUGGAGAACCCAGAGGACGCAGAAUCUGUUCCCUGGAGGGUUUCAGGAGCCCACAGACACCCAGAAGGAGCCUGGCCAGGCCAGUAGCACUGACUGA